AUGGUCCGGGUGUACUCGACAACCCCACGCGCGGGCGACGCGAAGCGCAGGAAAAUCUUUGCGCAGCGAACGGCCCAGAGCAGUACUCACACCGCCGAGGGCGUUGCAAAUCAGGUCGUAUUCGGUCCACCCGGCAGAUGGAGCAAUCACUUGCGCUUUGUGGCUCUUAUGUCGCGCAAGCACUUCGCACUGUAA